AUGACAGAAACUAUAAAUGCCACAAAUUUGGUGAAUGUAUCUGCUAAGAAGGAGCAGGCUGGUGCAGACCAUGCUGAAUCUUCUGAGUCAGUGGAAAAUGAAGCUGAAAAUGGAAAUAAAAAGAAGGUUUACCCAAGGAAACCAAAACCGAUUAUUCCUGAGGGAAUGAGUAAACAUCAAUGGAAAAAGAUGAUGAAACGGAAAAGAUGGGAAGAAAAUAAGGUGCAGAUGAGAGUUGCUAGGAGACAACGUCUAAGAGAGCGUAAGCAGGAAAGGAAAAGAAAGAUACAAGAACUGAAGGAUAAAGGUGAGGAUUAUAGUUCGUUACUUCCGGCAAAGAAGCCAAAGAAGCUGACAGUAGAUGAACAAAAGGAUACAAACGUUAGUAUAAUUGUAGACUGCGCAUUCGAUGAUUUAAUGCUAGAGAAGGAAGUUGUUUCUUUGAGUGGCCAGAUAGCACGAUCAUAUUCUGUGAACAAAAGAAGUCCAAACAGAGUUAAGCUGGUUAUUGGCUGCUUUAACAAGAGGCUUAAAAGUAGGUUUGAUGAGUCAUUGAAGGAUUAUUUCAAGUGGGAUCACAACGAGAUUGAGUUCACCGAAGAUGACUUAGAUAAGUUAUUUGUGGGAAAAGACUUGUCGAAAGUCACAUAUCUCUCCGCAGACACAGAUGAAAAAAUUGAGGAGUUGAAGAGUGGUGAAACAUAUAUCGUUGGAGGAAUUGUGGAUAAAGGACGACAUAAAAAUCUUUGUAAGGAAAAGGCAGAAAAGUUAGGAAUUAAGACAAGACGUCUUCCUAUUGAUGAGUGCAUUAAAAUAAGUGGUAGAAAGGUCUUGACAACCGCACAUGUCGUUGAACUUCUUAUACGUUGGUUUGAAUAUAAGGAUUGGACCAAGACUUUUGAGCAAGUUCUUCCAGCACGUAAACUGAAGGAUAAUAAACCAAGAAACAAGGAAGCGAAGGACUGA